AAAAGAUUUUUUAGAAUCAUUUGUUUGCCAUAUUUAUUUUUAUCAAAUUUGUUGCAUUUGCAUCUUGAGAACUUUUAUGUUCUCCAUUUAAUGGAUGGAGUUGAUUGCCUGUUUGAGGGCUAAAAAGGUGAGUGUAAAAGUCCCGGUCUGGGUGUGUUCUCCAGCCAGCAGGUGGUGCAUGGAGGUUGAGUCAGAGCUGCAUGUUUUGCGGCUGAAAAGGCUCAUGAAACUGGGAGCAGAUUUUAAGCAGAUGGGAGGGAAAAUACAGUCAUUAAACGAAGAUGCUGCAAAUUAGCAAAAAAUAAAAUAUCCAAAAACAUGGAGGACAUCAUAUGAUUUGCAACAUGGAAACAUGACACAAUGGUGGUCUGUCAUUCUGAGGCAGGAACAGCUCCACCCAUAUUAUUUAUUCACAGUGCCCCCCUGCUCCCCCGGGUCCACGCCCUCCAGUUUGCUCAUCCCUGCCUGCACACUCUUUCUGUGCUGCCCAGAGCUGCCAGGCAUUCCUGCAGGAGGAGGUCUGUGUCAUUACAGGAGAAAGGGGGAGAGUCAUCAGUGCUCUUACAGCGAGCGGGCUGAGGACUCCUGGCAGAUCUGCAGCUCAUCUGAGAUGUAUUAAACCCUGGAGAAGAAGGACCCUCUGUGAUCUGGCUGCACUGACGCUCCUCAGAGAGAUCCGAUUUGCUGCCUGAGGUACACCCUACAUGUAGCAGCGUCUCCUACAGCAGCCAAAAUAUUUUCCAGGCGCCACAAGGCAACACUGGAGAAGGAAAGCUCGAAGGAAACUCCAUGAGAACUUGGAGUUGGAAUCUGCUUUCAGGGAAAAACCCCUGACUUCAAUCGAGAACUGGGUCCUGUAAUUCCUGCUGGUGUGAGCAGAGAAGAUUUCAAGGGCAAGUGAGAAGCUUUCACAUAAAUACAGGAAACACCUGAAGGUUUUUCCAGAGUUCCGCUGCCGGAAAAACAGACAAGAGGCAAAGCUGACUCUAAAUUUUUGGAAGAAGUUCAUAAAAAGUCGAUCACCAUGUCACGCUGGGGGAGAAAGAAUGUGAAGAAGGCGCCUGAGGUGAUCCGCACCGUAACAGAGGGGCUGAAGUCUCUGUACCGGAAGAAGCUGCUGCCUUUGGAGCAGUACUAUGGUUUCCAUGACUUCCACUCUGCCAGUCUGGAAGAUGCAGACUUCGACAACAAGCCCAUGGUCCUGGUGGUGGGGCAGUACUCGACCGGAAAGACGACAUUCAUCAAGUAUCUACUGGAGCAGGACAUUCCUGGGAGUAGGGUGGGACCAGAACCCACCACUGACUGCUUCACCGCCAUCAUGCAUGGGGAGGUGGAGGGCGUCAUUCCAGGGAAUGCCCUGAUCGUAGACCCCAACAAGCCCUUCCGCAAACUCAACCCAUUUGGAAACACCUUCCUGAACAGAUUCCAGUGUGCGCAGAUGCCCAACCAGGUUCUGGAGAGCAUCAGCAUCAUCGACACGCCAGGAAUCUUGUCCGGGGCCAAGCAGAGAGUGAGCCGAGGUGAGAGACUCAAGAAAGGUUAUGACUUCCCGGCUGUGCUGCGCUGGUUUGCCGAGCGCGUGGACCGCAUCAUCCUGCUGUUUGAUGCCCAUAAACUGGAGAUCUCUGAUGAGUUCUCUGAGGCCAUCGGGGCCCUGAAGGGCAACGAGGACAAGCUCCGCGUGGUGCUCAACAAGGCAGACAUGGUGGGCACCCAGCAGUUGAUGAGGGUGUACGGCGCGCUGAUGUGGUCUUUGGGGAAGGUGUUUGGCACUCCGGAGGUUCUGCGCGUCUACAUCGGCUCCUUCUGGUCAGAGCCGCUGAUGGUGACGGACAACCGAAAGCUGUUUGAGCUGGAGGAGGAGGACCUCUUCACCGACAUUCAAAACCUUCCUCGCAACGCAGCUCUGCGCAAACUCAACGACCUGGUCAAGAGGGCCCGCCUCGUCAGGGUCCAUGCCCACAUCAUCAGCUAUCUGAAGCAGGAGAUGCCGUCUGUGUUCAGGAAGGACAACAAAAAGAAGAAUCUGAUCCAUCAGCUGCCGGUCAUUUUCUCCAAGAUCCAACUGCAGCACAACAUUUCUCCUGGAGACUUCCCAGACUGUGCAAAGAUGCAGGAGCAACUGAUGGUUCAUGAUUUCACCAAGUUCAAAACCUUGAAGCCAAAUCUGAUGGCAGCUUUGGACGAGCUGUUGUCCUCUGACAUCGCCAAGCUAAUGCCCCUCCUGAGGCAAGAAGAGCUGGAAGCCGGCGACCAGCCAGGAGUGCAGGGUGGCGCCUUCCUGGGAACCAGAGCCGGGCCUUUCAACGAGGGUGAUCCUUUCGCCGAGGAGAACGGCGAGGAAUGCGAGGAGGAGGAAAACUGGGUGGUGACCAAAGACAAGCCUAAAUACGACGAAAUCUUCUACAACCUCGCCCCCAACGAGGGCAAACUGAGCGGCAACAAGGCCAAAGACUGGAUGGUGAGCUCCCGCCUGCCCAACUCGGUGCUAGGUCGCAUCUGGAAGCUGUCGGAUGUGGACCGCGACGGCAUGCUGGAUGAUGAAGAAUUCGCCCUGGCCAGUCACUUGAUUGAGGUGAAGCUGGAGGGCCACGGCCUGCCGCCCGAGCUGCCCAACCGCCUGGUCCCCCCGUCCAAACGCAGGCAGAAGGGCUCGGACGCGUAAAGCAGCUGCAGCUCUCUGCUCUCCGUCACACUCUUGCAGCUUUUCCUCAGACUCUUGUUGACUAAACAGACCGAGUUCCAUGUGUGACUGAUUUAAAGACCCACUCCAAUCCUCUUUUGAUCCAUUUUCAAAGCGUUCCCAGUAGUCUUUGCCUUAUGAUAAUACCGAUUUAGCCAAAAUCAUAAAAUCCUGUGCGUUGUCUUGGACAUAGUUUCUGCAGAGCGGCAGGAGUUCAUUAGGCUGCAUUCACACCAAACUUGAUUUGCGCAUCCAGUUGAAAUGUUAAGUCACGUGAUCAGAGGUCCUGUGGCGCUGCUUGAGUAUGGGGUGUGGUGCAUUAGUGAGAGUUCAAAAAUCUGAACUUGGGUGAGGAUGAAGCAUUAACCAAUCAGGGACUCAGCUUUGAGAACAUGAUGUGUUCAAUAGCUCAAUCAGUGGGUGGAGUCCAAAUCCAACAUGGAGGGGGUACUGAUCUUUCUCGUCUUAAACUUAAUUAUAUUUUUCCUAUCUAUAUCUAAACAAUAAUAAAGAGAUCCUCUAAUUUUAUUUUUCGGUGUAAAACUCUGCCAAACCACCUGUAAGAAACUAUGGUGACCCCUGAUGGGAUGUGCAGAAAGGUGAACAACUGCAUUUAUAUUUUUUUCCCUCCAUGGACUAAUGUGGGACAACAAGUCUUCAAACUGGAUCAAAUAGAGAUAGAAAGACCGCUGAAAGCAGCCAUCAAUCAAACACAGCUCCUGCAGCAGGAGUGAAGCUCACCAUCCCGGGAGAGUCUCUGAAUGAUCUCAUGAACCCAGACAUGGAGACGUGAUUACAGAUGCUCUUCAAAA